AUGGCAUUCCGUGUCCCUCCCCAGGCUCCUCGAAGGAGAACCUCUUACUCGACUCCGCAAGCUCCCCCUCCCCUCGAUGUACUAUCCUCUGCCCCGGAACAACAAGACGACGACACGACACAAUGGGUACUGUUCUCUCCGACCGCCCGUACGCACACGACCUCUACCGACCGUACGCAGACAGCAGGAGCCUCUCGACUGAGUGACUUUGGCUCAUUUGGUACCGCAACUCGAUCCGCAGCUGGACUGGAGGGUCUUGCGGCUGAUGAAGAGGCCUCGGAAGACCAGUUGGACGAAGAUGGCACUGAGCUGGAUAGCUUGGAUGAUGGGUUGCAUGCGUUUCGCGCCCCAUCACUGCCCCCCACAUCCCCCGCACGGGUGGAUCAAGGACCACCGGCCUUGCUUCCGGCUCACGAUGGGUUGGGUAGCUUCCAAGCGUCGAGUCAGCUAGCUCAGGAACAGCUCUGGCAGCAUGAACAAUAUAAUCCUCAACGGCGACAGUAUGCCUCACCACGUCGACGGACAAGUGUGCAGCGGCAUCUUGAUACAGUUGCAGAAGGGGAGGCAAAUGUUGAACGCGAUCGCUGGCAGCGGAUCGAGCAGUGGAGGAUGGAUCAGAGUCGGGCUUUGCUGCAGGAGAUUGAACGCCAAACUCGGCAGCAGCGGAACAGUCGUGCUAGCGGAUCAAGUAUCUACGAUCCGACUGAACAAAUUUCACCUGCCCGGAUCACUGGAACAUUGCCAGAUGCCGUACCUGAAACCGAGGCAGACAACGAGGCGGAUCCAGAGAUGGAUGAGACCUUCUGGCGGCGUAUUACUCGAAAGGUGAUUCGGGAUUUGAUUGGCAUCGAUGACUCCUUGCUCGCUGUCAUUUUCGGCGAGUCGUUACCUGAAGAGGAAGCAUUGACAGAUCAGUCUGGAGAGCUCCAUAUGGAUACUGUUCUGGCCCGUGAACCGGAUCCAGAUAACUCGGAUUCGCCAAUGUGGCAGAGCAAAGUACUUCAACGCAUCGCACACGAGCUUGGAGUUUUAGUACAUCAGCUGUGUGAACACCCGGGCGCAUUUACAACGUACUACCAAAUGACCAAGGAUAUCACGAGUGAAUAUGCAGGCAUGUCCCUCGACCGCUUGGCUGAAAGUGGGAUCUCCCAAAAGCCUACUGAACACGCAGACUCUACGUCUGCCAAUACGGAAACCGAUAGCUCCAUGCUAUCCCCGCAAUUCAUUCCCACCCUUCGUGACUCAAAUCGAGAGCAUGAAGCACAAUGGGGCAUUGAAGAAGAUGAUCCUGCAGCAGACCCAGUUUCUGAAUCUGCCCGGUUGCAGCAAGAACAACAGUACUGGGAACAUGGCCUAGAUGCCAUGAUGGUCUUCCGUUACCUUCGCACUCGUUUCACUCGCCGAGGAUACAUGCCUAAUGACAAACACACUUCACCACCAUCACCCCGCAACACACAAGAUGCCUCUCGUCGCGCCGCUAUGAUUCGUCACCACCACCCUCUUGUUGCACGGGCCCAUUCCCGCUCCCAAACACAGGCCCGUCGGCCCGCUCAGUAUUCUGGUGUGACAGGUUCCGUGGGCGUCUCAUCCCCCUUACUUCGGCCCCAUCUUCGUCGACCCAGCUCGAGCUGUGCGAGUCAAAGCGCGAAAAUUUCUAGUCGUCGAACCCUGACAGGAUCAAGUCGCAAUUACUGGGAUAUUGGUGGUAGUGUUGAGAGUAGCAGUGCUAUUGGCGUCGGAGCUGGACUCGGUGCAUGGGGUGAGGUAUGA